UCCAGUGUCCUUUCGCCCCUGGUGGGGCAGGUGAUGUGCUGAUGAAAGUUCGGUAGUGCACGCUUGAGGUUGGCACUGUUGAAAUCUCCUACCACAAUAAGCGCAGCGUCCCGAUGCUGUGUUUGUUGAAGUGUUACUGUCUCAUGUAAAUCCCAUACUGCAGUGUCCAUGUCCGCUUGAGGUGGAAUAUAAACGGCACUGACUAUGACCGAGCUGAAUUCCCAAGGUAGAUAAAAGGGCUGACAUUUGAUGGUCAGUAGUUCCAGGUUUGGUGUGCAGUGUUCUGUCUAUGCGGUAAACUGAGAAGAACUCGGCCGGCUGGAUGUCGUGGUCAGGUACCGCUGGAUUCAGCCAUGUCUCAAUGAAGCAGAGAAGGUUGCAGUCCCGAAUGUCCCUCUGGAACUUGACCCUUGCCCUGAGGUCAUCGAGCUUUUUUUCCAGUGAGUGGACGUUGGCUAACAGGAUACUAGGUAAGGGAGCGCGGUGUGCACGUGCCCUCAGCCUGUUCCUGAUGCCGGCUUGUUUCCCUCGCGGACGGAUGGGAAUUGUUUUUCUGGAAAUCACUAGAUUAAAUAAAAUGGGAUCUGCCGAGUCCAAAUCUCCUCCACCUCCACCUCCACCUCCUCCACCUUCAGAAUUUGAAAAGCCAUGGAGGACAAUAAAUUGGGACACAAAAAAACUCCUGAAAUCUGAAUUACGCGAGAUUCCUCUUAACUGUCCAGAACUCAGCCAUUUCAGAAUACUGCUUUAUGGACAAGUUGGAGCUGGAAAAUCCUGCUUCAUAAACUCUGUGCAGAGUGUCUUCCAAGCAAAAAUUGCAAUCAAGGCAGAGGAAGAGACAUCUGCAGGAAAAAGCUGUACAAAAAAGUUCAAAACGUACAAGAUCACUGAUGUUAAAGGUGCGGCUUUGCCAUUUGUCCUCAAUGAUGUUAUGGGUUUGGAAGGUUCUGAGGAAAAUGGAAUUCAUCCUGAUGACAUCAUUAAAGCCCUGAAGGGUCACGUUAAAGAAGGUUAUACGUUUAAUCCAGUUUCUCCACUGAGUACGAAUAGCCCAGACUACAUAAAAGAACCCAGUCAUAAUGAUAAAGUCCACUGCUUAGUGACUGUAGUGGCUGCAGACACCAUCUCCCAACUAAGUAAAGAGGCCUUGCAGAAGAUGACAAGAGUCAGAAAUGAAGCAGUUUUAUUGGGUAUCCCUCAUGUGGUUCUGAUGACAAAAAUUGAUAAAAUCUGCCCCCUGGUUAAGGAGGAUCCAAACAAGGUUUACACUAGCAGGAAAAUUAAAGAAAAGAUGGAGGAGUGCAGCCAGAAACUUGGUCCACCACUGAAAUGCGUCUUCCCUGUCAGUAACUAUCAUGAAGAAAGUGAAACAAAUGACAAAAAAGAUGUACUUAUUCUGAUGGCAUUAGAGGGAAUUGCAGACAUUGUUCAAAAUUACUUCGAAAAUGAUAACCAACAACUGGUGUGAUACAGGAUGUGUGUCAAAGUAGAAGAGGCCUGCAAUGGCAACUGGUUGACUCCGGGCCACACCUGGACAAAUCGGAAUGUAUGGUAGACAAUUAAUGUCUUCUAAAUAGAGGGGGAUUGUAAAUAGAGGAAUCCCCCUUUAUUUAGAAGCCACUUAUUGUCUACCAUACAUUCUGAUUGCUCUUUGUGUAAUCUGUUUCUAUGUGUAAUCUGAAUAGGCCAAUUUUCCACUUGCUAGCCCGCACACUCAUACAGAGUGCUUGAUGUCCACAGCAGUGACUUGUGGUUGUGUCUGUGCUCCCCCUGCUCCCCUAUCCUCCACAACAAUGUAUUUGAUGCUAUAUUUGUCUCACUGAACUCCCGUAACCUCUUGGUCUUCAAUAAAUUUCCCUUAUAUUCAA